CGCCCAGGAGCGUUCCCCGGUCCUGCUCGGGCUGCGCCGGCUCCUUCCCGCUCCCAGCACUCGGCAACCGAGCUCUUACUCCUCCCCUCACUCUCCACGAGUUCCACGAUUCUCGGUGUAGCUCCGCCCCUGUCCCCGAGUCCGCCCCCGCGACCUCCCGAGCUUGUGCUCUCCUUUCCCCUCAGUCUCCUGCCGUCCAGCGGCCCUGGGUCUCGCGCUGCGCAAAGCGACAAGAGUCUCUCCCGCCUCGCUCCUACGCCUCCGCGCGCUCUCCCUCAGCAGCCACCGCGUAACCCACCCGCAGCUCGCUGUCUCGGACCCGGACUCGGGGUCGCGCGCCCUGACUCCGCCUACUCCCCCCGCGGACUCGCGCCCUCCGGGCCCGGCCUCUCGCUUGCGCAGGCCGCCGAGCACUCGCCUCGCGCUUCCCGGGCGCUCUCGCGCUUUCCGAGGCGAGCGCGCUCCCGGCCCGCGCGCUCCGGGCUCUGGCUUUUCCCGGCUCCCGUCAGUGCGGUGACUGCGCUGGGAAACAUGGCGACCGAGGGAAUGAUCCUCACUAACCACGACCAUCAAAUCCGGGUCGGAGUCCUCACAGUGAGUGAUAGUUGCUUCAGGAAUCUUGCAGAAGAUCGCAGUGGGAUAAAUCUCAAAGAUCUUGUACAAGAUCCUUCUUUGUUGGGUGGGACUAUAUCAGCAUACAAGAUAGUACCAGAUGAAAUAGAAGAAAUCAAGGAAACCCUGAUAGAUUGGUGUGAUGAAAAGGAACUUAAUUUGAUACUAACAACUGGAGGAACAGGGUUUGCACCACGAGAUGUCACUCCAGAGGCCACAAAAGAAGUAAUAGAACGGGAAGCGCCAGGGAUGGCCCUGGCAAUGCUGAUGGGAUCACUUAAUGUUACACCUCUGGGCAUGCUCUCUAGGCCUGUAUGUGGAAUCAGAGGGAAAACUCUCAUAAUUAACUUGCCAGGUAGCAAGAAAGGAUCUCAGGAAUGCUUUCAGUUCAUACUGCCAGCCCUACCUCAUGCCAUUGACCUUUUACGUGAUGCCAUUGUAAAAGUAAAAGAAGUGCAUGAUGAACUUGAAGAUUUACCUUCCCCACCACCACCUCUUUCCCCUCCUCCCACAACUAGCCCCCAUAAACAGACAGAAGACAAAGGGGUUCAAUGUGAAGAAGAGGAAGAAGAGAAGAAAGACAGUGGUGUUGCUUCAACAGAAGAUAGUUCUUCAUCACAUAUAACUGCAGCAGCCAUUGCGGCCAAGAAGCAUCCAUUCUACACCAGUCCUGCUGUUAUCAUGGCACACGGUGAGCAGCCCAUCCCUGGUCUCAUCAGUUAUUCCCAUGAUGCAACAGGCAGUGCAGAGGAACCGAUUCCAGACUCCAUCAUUUCUCGUGGCGUUCAGGUGCUCCCACGAGACACAGCCUCCCUCAGCACUACUCCUUCAGAAUCUCCUCGUGCUCAGGCUACAUCUCGCCUUUCUACAGCUUCCUGCCCAACACCAAAACAAAUUAGACGGCCGGAUGAAAGCAAAGGAGUUGCUAGUAGAGUUGGAUCCCUCAAAGUCCAGUCCAGGUGCAGCAGCAAGGAGAACAUUCUCAGAGCCAGUCACAGUGCUGUCGAUAUCACCAAGGUGGCUAGAAGACACCGCAUGUCUCCUUUUCCUCUAACAUCUAUGGACAAAGCCUUUAUCACAGUCCUGGAGAUGACUCCGGUGCUUGGGACAGAAAUCAUCAACUACCGAGAUGGAAUGGGGCGAGUCCUUGCUCAAGAUGUAUAUGCAAAAGACAACCUACCCCCGUUCCCAGCAUCAGUAAAAGAUGGCUAUGCUGUCCGAGCUGCCGAUGGCCCAGGAGAUCGUUUCAUCAUUGGGGAAUCCCAAGCUGGUGAACAGCCGACUCAGACAGUAAUGCCAGGACAAGUCAUGCGGGUUACAACAGGUGCUCCAAUCCCCUGUGGUGCUGAUGCAGUAGUACAAGUGGAAGAUACUGAACUGAUCAGGGAAUCUGAUGAUGGCACUGAGGAGCUUGAAGUACGAAUUCUGGUGCAAGCUCGGCCAGGCCAAGAUAUCAGACCCAUUGGCCAUGACAUUAAAAGAGGGGAGUGCGUUUUGGCCAAAGGAACCCACAUGGGCCCCUCAGAGAUUGGUCUUCUGGCAACUGUAGGUGUCACAGAGGUUGAAGUUAAUAAGUUUCCAGUGGUUGCAGUCAUGUCAACAGGGAAUGAGCUGCUAAAUCCUGAAGAUGACCUCUUACCAGGAAAGAUUCGAGACAGCAAUCGUUCAACCCUCUUAGCAACAAUUCAGGAACAUGGUUACCCCACAAUCAACUUGGGAAUUGUGGGAGACAACCCAGAUGACUUACUCAAUGCCUUGAAUGAGGGUAUCAGUCGUGCUGAUGUCAUCAUCACAUCAGGGGGUGUGUCCAUGGGGGAAAAGAUUUGUUUCCAGGAGGCCUCUCUCACUACUGUGGCGGGAAUAAAUUGGAGGAGGGCAGGAGUGUUGGCAGAGAGACCUAUUUCAGUAAUUCAGGACUAUCUCAAGCAGGUGCUGGACAUUGAUCUUCAUGCCCAGAUCCAUUUUGGCAGGGUUUUUAUGAAACCAGGCCUGCCAACGACAUUUGCAACUUUGGAUAUUGAUGGUGUAAGAAAAAUAAUCUUUGCACUACCAGGGAAUCCUGUGUCAGCUGUGGUCACCUGCAAUCUCUUUGUUGUGCCUGCACUGAGAAAGAUGCAAGGCAUCUUGGAUCCUCGGCCAACCAUCAUCAAAGCCAGGUUAUCAUGUGAUGUAAAACUGGAUCCUCGCCCAGAAUACCAUCGGUGUAUACUGACUUGGCAUCACCAAGAACCACUACCUUGGGCACAGAGUACAGGUAAUCAGAUGAGCAGCCGUCUGAUGAGCAUGCGCAGCGCCAACGGAUUAUUGAUGCUUCCUCCAAAGACAGAGCAGUACGUGGAGCUCCACAAGGGCGAGGUGGUGGACGUCAUGGUCAUCGGGCGGCUAUGAUGGUCACCAGCGGGAGAAAGCUCUGAUGCAUGUCUACAUAUCAUUGACUGUAUCCUGUAAUAUGCAAGGGCACAGCUAGUUUUUCUGAUUUGGAUAAAAGUUGAUCUGUAUGGUCAACAUCUUGAACUAUAUUUCAAAAGAAUUUAAAUACCUUUUAAAGAAAAAAACACCUAAAAAUCUUAACAGACAACUCUAUUCUGAUUAUAUCAAAGCAAAUUUUUCCUUUCCUGCAAAUUGCUUUGUGUGUUCAAUGCUAGGUCUGAUAGCGAUAGCUUUUAGUAGACAGCAGUAGGUGCCUGCAGAACUUGUGUUUUUCUCAUCUUUAAAAUACAACUACUUAUGCUCUUAAAUCAAGGCUGUCUGCUUAUUUAUACUAGCAUAGGCAACACUUGGAUUUCCCUUCUUAGUAUGCUUCAUAACCGCUUUACAGAGAGCUUUUGCUUGUUCUUUAUCAUGUAUCUCGUGUUUAUGUGCACAGUGCCAAAUAGAGAGUGACUGGGUGGCGGCCCUGCCCUGCCUCAAGGAGAACCAUCCCCGCAGAGCGUUCGGGGGUGGGGGGGCCUCGCAUCCCAGUAGCCUCAUGGCACAGUACUCUUGGGCAGUAACUGGAUACCUUUUAUUUGAACAAACAAACUGGGGGGAAAAAAUGCUUCCUUAAGUGCUGACAGCCUUUUUAACCAAUACAUUUAAAAUUGUACAGAACAAAAAAUAAAAUCAAAGACUGAUCUUGUACAGAUAUUAGUGUUACCAGCAUUCAUGUGGAAAUCAAGAGCAAAGAAAAAACAAUGUUAAACAACUCUGUACCAUAACAUUUUCUGUAAUGAUACUGAAACUUAAUGAAUAAA